UCAAAUACCAGAGGCUUAGGAAUGACUGUACAGCAAAUCAGCAGUAAUUACGGUAACUAUUUGGAAUGUUUUUUUUCCCCUCAGAGCUUCGGCCUCUUGAUUUGAGCUCCCCGCGACCACAAUGGGUAUACACGGACUCGCCAAGCUCAUUGCCGACCAGGCUCCUAGUGCCAUAAGAGAGCAAGACUUCAAGAACUACUUCGGUCGGAAAAUUGCCAUAGAUGCCUCCAUGUGCAUCUACCAGUUCCUGAUUGCCGUGCGACAGGAUGGCAACGUACUGCAGAGUGAGGACGGAGAGACAACCAGCCACCUCAUGGGAAUGUUCUACAGGACCAUCCGCAUGCUGGAACAUGGCAUUAAACCGGUGUACGUGUUUGAUGGCAAGCCCCCGCAGCUCAAGUCCGGAGAGAAAGUGGAAAAGAGAGUGGAGAGGAGAGCAGAAGCUGAGAAAAUGCUUGCGCAAGCCCAAGAACUUGGGGAACAAGAAAACAUUGACAAAUUCUCCAAACGUCUUGUCAAAGUCACCAGGCAGCAUAACGAUGAGUGCAAGAAGCUGCUGACUCUGAUGGGAGUGCCCUACAUUGAGGCGCCGUGUGAGGCAGAGGCCAGCUGCGCCGCUCUGGUCAAAGCAGGGAAGGUCUUUGCCACAGCCACGGAGGACAUGGACGGCCUGACUUUCGGAACAAACGUCCUGCUAAGACACCUCACGGCCAGCGAAGCAAAGAAGCUUCCGGUCCAAGAGUUCCACUUCAGUCGCAUUCUUCAGGACAUAAACCUCACAAACGAACAGUUCAUAGACCUGUGUAUUCUGCUGGGAUGCGACUACUGCGGCACCAUCAAGGGCAUCGGUCCCAAGCGCGCCAUCGACCUGAUCAGGCAGCACGGCAGCAUCGAGGAGAUCCUGGAAAACAUUGACCCAAAUAAGCACCCGGCUCCAGACAACUGGCUGUACAAGGAGGCCCGCGAGCUUUUUCUCAAGCCUGAAGUGGUGGAUUGCUCCGCGGUGGAGCUCAAGUGGAACGAGCCGGACGAGGGCGGGCUGCUACGGUUCAUGUGUGAAGAAAAACAGUUCAGCGAGGACAGGAUCCGCAACGGGUGUAAGAAGAUCGUCAAGAGUCGCCAGGGGAGCACGCAGGGACGACUGGACGCUUUCUUCUCGGUCAGCGGGUCGCUGUCGUCCAAACGGAAGGAGCCCGAAGUCAAAGGAUCUGCUAAAAAGAAGCUGAAGACUGGAGCCGCGGCGGGAAAAUUCAAAAAAGCCAAAUGAAAGCCGGGAGAAAGAAAUCGUCCGGUUAAUAAAAGCAUCAUUGGAGUUAAAGUACAUGUCAACGUUUGACUUUUUUUUUUUUCUUUCCUCUUUCAAGCAUGUUUAAAGGCUCUUGCUUAUACGUAUAUCUCAAGGAAUAAAUGCUCGUUAAAACAA